AUGCUUACCGUGCUUCUCCUUGCUUUUAUAGCAUCGGUUGUCAGAGCUUCUGUUUAUGUCGGUGGCUCGCAGAUUAUUGGACAAGAAUUUGGACCUGCUAAAGUCGAGUUCUUCGGAGGAAUACCGUAUGCGAAAGCGCCGAUAGGCAAGCUACGGUUUCAACCUCCUGUACUCGUCAGGACACCUCCCACAAAAACUUUUAAUGCCCAAACAUUUGGCAAGGCGUGCCUUCAAGUUACCAAAUUUCCCGACACAGUGUCGGAAGACUGUUUGACUUUGAACAUUUUUCGCCCUAUAGGCACGACUGAGCAUGAAAAGCUUCCUGUGAUGGUGUGGAUACACGGAGCUGGUUCUUCCUCGCUGUACAACGGCACUACAUUUGUUGCCCAGAGCAUCUCUAGAGGGACCCCUAUAAUCUUCGCAAGUUUCAACUACCGACUUGGACCAUUAGGAUUUCCUCAAGGCGUUGAAGCUGGCAAACGUAAAGCCCUCAACCUGGGAUUGAAAGACCAACUGGCUGCGCUAGAGUGGAUCCAGCUCAACAUAGAAAAGUUUGGAGGUGAUAAACGCAAAGUCACAUUAAUAGGACAGAGCGCAGGCGCUACAUCGAUUAGCAUCCACCUUCGCAAGACCAAGAUUCGAAGUCUAGCUCGUGCUGCUAUUCUGGAAUCUACACCCAUCGGCCCUGUCUAUGGACCGGACCGCAACGGAGGCUCAUGGCGUCGCUUCGUCGAAGCCACAUCAGCCUGUGCAGCUCAAGCCAAAUCCGGGAACACAAUUGACUGUAUGCGCACCGCUGAGCCUCAGUCCAUAUUCACCGCAUUGACGGCGGCAGAGGACGUUUCAUCCCACUCUUACCAUCCUGUUAUCGAUGGUCCUCAUGGCUUUAUCGUCGAUCGCCCCUCCAAGGUCAAUUUGAACGCAGCGGGACUGCCGUUGCUAAUAGGCACAAAUCUUGACGAAGGGACGCUGUUUAUUACUCAGAAAACGAAUUCUACCGAGCAGAUUGAAGACCUUUUCAGGAUAGCUACAAGUCCGUCGCUUGUCAGUCCAGGUCGCCAGGCAGAGGUGAUCGCUCAGAUUUUGAAGCUAUACCCUGAUAAUCCUGCUCUUGGAUCGCCUUUUGGGACAGGAAAUGAUACCUUUGGCUUGAACAGUCAGUACAAGCGGCUUUGUGCGAUUUUUGGCGACUUUUACAUCCAAUCUCCUACGCGGAGCAUCCAACAGCACUCAUGCAAAGCUGGUAUCAAUAUCUUUGGAUACCUAUUCACGGACCCUCACGGUGUCGCCAUCCCCGGUCUGGCAAGAACUAGGGCAGCACCAGGUUCUGUUGGAGUUCCUCACAGUGCGGAAAUUUCUUUCUUAUUCGACACCUUUGUAAAUCGCACGGAAGACGCCCUUAAUCUAAGUCAAAACAUGCGAGACUACUGGAUAUCUUUUGCGACGAGUUUGGACCCAAAUGACAAGUUUGGCAACACAGCGCGCCCGCAUUGGAGGCCUUUCACUCACGAAAAACAAGAAAUCAUCGAGUUAAAUGCCUCAGUGGCUGCUAGGGCGUCGGUAAAGGUCGGUAAUUCCACGAUUAUUGGAAAGGAGUUUGGUCCUGCUAAGGUUGAAUUCUUCGGAGGCAUACCAUUCGCAGAAACACCGAUAGGAAAGCUGCGCUUUCACCGCCCAGUGCUCCUUAAAUCGCCAUCUUCAAAAGUUCUGCAUGCACACGAGUCUGGAAAGGGGUGCUUGCAACUUACCUCACUCCCCGACACGGUGUCAGAAGAUUGUCUCUCCUUAGACGUCUAUCGGCCAGCGGGCACUUCUGAACAUGACAAACUUCCUGUAAUGGUUUGGAUCUACGGAGGUGGAUUCUUCGCUGGAUCUUCUUCGCUUUACAACGGCACUGGAAUUGUCGCCCAUAGUGUCCACAGAGGAACUCCAGUAAUUUUCGCAACUUUCAAUUAUCGCCUCGGUCCCCUCGGAUUCCCCCAAGGCGUGGAAGCUGGUGAACGAAAAGUUUUGAAUUUGGGUUUGCAUGAUCAGCUGGCUGCACUAGAAUGGAUUCAAGAUAAUAUAGCCAGGUUUGGAGGUGAUAAUAAAAAGGUCACUGUAUUUGGGCAAAGUGCUGGUGCUGCAGCCAUUAGUAUUCACCUGCGUGAAAAGAAAAUUCGGAGUCUCGCUCGUGCAGCUAUUUUGGAGUCCACUCCCAUUGGACCUCUUUUUGGCCCGGAUCGAAAUGAAGAUGCAUGGCGCCGCUUUGUUGCAGCGACACCAGCCUGUGCAUCUGUCGCCAACUCCGGAAAUACAAUUGACUGCAUGCGCACUGCCGACUCGCAGGCCAUAUUCCAAGCCCUAACUGUCGCAGAAGGUGUCUCAUCAAGCGCCUACCAGCCGGUUAUUGAUGGACACGGUGGUUUGGUAGUCGACCGACCAUCUCAAGUUGACCAGUCGGAGGCCAGAUUGCCUUUAUUGAUUGGUACCAACCUUGAUGAAGGGACGUUGUUCACUUCUCAAAAGAUCAAUUCGACCAGCCAAAUCAUCGACUUUUUCACCACCACAACCAGUCCAUCUCUUGUCAGCCCGGUACAGCUGGCAGAUACCAUCGAACAGAUUUUGAGGCUUUAUCCAGACAACCCCGCGCUUGGAUCGCCAUUCGGAACAGGAAACAACACGUUUGGUUUGAGCAGUCAGUACAAAAGAAUGUCUGCCAUUUUUGGCGAUUUUACAAUACAGUCUCCCACUCGAACUAUCAUGCAAAAUACCAUUAAAGCAGGUGUCAAGGUAUUCGGAUAUCUUUUUACCGAUCCCGAUGGUGUCGCCAUCCCAGGACUGGCAAAUCCUAACGCAGCACCAGGCUCUGUAGGAGUGCCUCACAGCGCAGAGGUCUUCUAUGUCUUCGGUACUCUGGCCAAUCGCACUCCCACCGCCAUCUCUCUGAGCAAAAACAUGCGUGAUUAUUGGAUCUCUUUCGCAACUAGCUUGGACCCGAAUGAUAAUCAUGGCAACACAUCGCGCCCGCACUGGCAGCAUUUCACCUCCAAACACCAGCACAUCAUCGAACUAAAUGGCCAUCACACCAGAAUGAUAUCUGGGGAAUUCCGAAAGCGUCAAAUUGAAGUCUUUCAGAACAACCCAAAUACUUUUCAUCGUUGA